AUGUAUUAUGGAGUCAAAAUCCGAAUGUACGGAAUCAACGGGAAUGAGGAUAACCUUCGUUACUAUAAUGCAAUGGUCAAGGAUAAUGUAAAUCUAACGCUGCUCAUCGUAAUUAGAAGUUUUCUGUUCUCAGCAUUACUGCUCAUUUUAAAAAUGACGCUUUUCUUCAAUCAAGGCUCGGAUUCUGUAACACAUUGGACGAUCCUCGUUUGGUGUUAUACCGUGAUCAGCCUGGCCUGGAAUAUGAUAGGAUAUCAAUGCGCGGAGCGCUCGGCCCAACCGGAUAAGCAUCGAAUAACUAAAUUCGGGCAGGGUAUCAUGUUGCUGUGGUAUUCGGGUACAAUUGGGGCUCGGAUCCUUCUAAUCGCCAUUGCAGCAAGCCAAUGGCCAUUAUACACAUUUCUCGGUUGCAUGCUUAAUUGGAUACUGUGGACAGCCUGGAUAUACAAUCAGAAGGAUGGAGCGCAUAACUUUUGUCGUGAAUUGACAAGAUCUGAACUAACCGAACCGGCACAUUUAGACUUGUGGACUUUCCUUUUUUCGGCCGUCUUAGCUGAAGUCUAUACGUUCACUUUAGUAAAUUUCAAAGAAGGGUCCACUUUCCUUAGGUACUGCUUUUACUACGUGCUAAUGACACUGCAAAAUGGAACAGUGUUGAUACUUGACAUAUAUUUUGGCAGUUCGACUGAUGAAUUUUCAGUGACAUAUUUGUAUAUAUUUCGUAUUCUCUCUAUUUUAUUAUUUAUUACUGGCAUUGUUGCUAUGUUAAUAUAUUAUAUGUUCGUCCAUGCAAAAGUGAAAUGUUACGCAGUAACAUGCUGCCCAGUAUAGGUCACUGUUAAUAUUACAUUCAGUGCAGACAAUCUUUGCUAAUUUUUGAAUUUGAAAUCUACUUUUCAUUCUGUCAACAAUAUUACAUACCUUCAUCACCUAUGUAAGCACACUGAAUAAAGUUUGUUCUUUUUUUGUUUUUUAUAUAUCG